ACUCGACCGCUGUCACACAUUGAGGCGAAUCUGCCGCUCUCAUUGAAAAGACUCCUCUGGUAUGCGGUCUCGCUUACACCCAGUCCUGAGGGAAAAAUAAUCUGUGGACCGUACAGACGGGAGAACACUAUCCGCCACGUUCUAUGGUUUAUCAGCCGGCUCCAGUGAUUUCCUGACUUCGGCUCGCUGUGUGGAAAGUGCUGGACGGAAUCAAUCACGUGGGAGUGUCAUGGCGGCGCCCGGUGGAAGCUCCAUGUUGACCCCCGGGAUCGGUGCUCAGUCCCCCCAUAUAACCCCCGGGGAUGGCACUCUGCAAUACAGUAUGAUAAUGGAGCACCUUGUGGGUGAUAAGAGGAGACCGAAGGAGAUGAUCCCGGGGGGCCUCGGAGGGGUUCUCACACCCAUCAAAUCCGAUGAGCAGAAGACGAUGGAACGGGUGAUGGAGAGCUGUGCCUUCAAAGCGGCCCUGGCCUGUGUGGGGGGUUUUGUCCUGGGUGGUGCCUUUGGCGUGUUCACUGCCGGCAUUGACACCAACGUAGGUUUUGAUCCUAAGGAUCCUUUGCGUACGCCUACUGCCAAAGAGGUGUUAAAAGACAUGGGACAGAGGGGAAUGUCCUACGCCAAAAACUUUGCAAUAGUGGGUGCGAUGUUCUCCUGCACAGAGUGUCUGGUGGAAUCAUAUCGAGGGAAAUCUGACUGGAAGAACAGUGUGAUGAGUGGCUGUAUAACUGGGGGUGCAAUUGGCUUCAGAGCUGGCCUGAAAGCUGGUGCUCUUGGAUGUGGAGGAUUUGCUGCCUUUUCUGCCGCCAUAGACUAUUAUUUGCGAUAGUGGAUUUGCGCCACUAGGUGGCGCUGCUGCAUCACGGACCAUUUUAUAGAACCACUGAUUGACCAAUGAGCAUGCCUGCAACAGGGACUCUUCCAAGAAAAGACUUUUUAUCAGUUGUUCUGUCAAGAGAUGAUUCCUUAUGACAAGCAGAGACAUCCCCUAUGAAGAGUGUUGGUGUAUUAUAAGAUGUAAUACAUAUUUAUAUGUCUAGUGUAACACUAGAUUUUCCAGUGUGUUAUUUAUGUGAUCUGUAUUUGUUCCUUCACUUUUCAUAUGAUCGUUGGCUGUGAUUUUAUAUCUACAGAGAUUUUGGGGUAAUAGCUUCAUCAGUAAUAUAUUCUAUCAGCAUAGCAGUGUAACCCUCUCCCUGACACAAGGCAUGCAGUGGCACAGAACUGCUUCCAGCUGGCCAGGUCAGUAUGCCUAAAGCCAGUCAUAUGUGGGUCGAAAUUGGUCUGGUUGAGCAGUGACCGGCCACACUUUGAUCCAUAUAUAGGCAGGCUAGUUGUCUACUGAUCGACUUCUGUACAACUAGCCUGUAUUUUUGCACCUUUUCUCCAAUCAGCCUAGCAAUAAUACACUCCUACAGAUGAAUGAGGAAGUGAAAAAUCUAACAGGAUGUGCAGUUUCUAAACAGUAGAUAAAGGUGAAUACAGCAGAUAUCCAUGUAAAACUUAUGUAGGGAUAUUUAUCACCUAAAGCUGUUCACUGGGUAUAUGUGAGGGUUUACAUCCACUUUAAGGAGGGGGUGGGCUCACUUCAGGCAUACCUGCCCCUAAUCUACCCAUUAUUACAUAUUUGCGAAUGUGUGCAAACUAAACCCCUUGGUUUUAAUGUGAACUGUUAGGACAAUUUGUUUUUGGUGCAGGCU